AUGAUGAACUUUACCUUGGUAACAGCUUUACUCUUUACCUUCAGUUGGAUCUCUGUCUCAGUUUCUGAGUUUCACACUGUGGAGGUUCAGCCUGGUGAAGAAGUCAAACUGAUGUGUUCCAACUUUAGCAGUUUACCCUCUCACAUAAACUGGUUCAGACUGAACAACAGACCCAAUGCCAGCUGCAUCUCCUCUAUGUUCAGCUCUGAUACCAAUGCUACGUUCUGUGAUGGAUUUCAAAAUAACAAAUUUAAUAUGACGUCCAACACCACAACCAUCUUUCUCAAGAUCAAACAAGUGGAUUUAUCUGACUCUGGACUGUAUUUCUGCGGAUUUUACUCAAAUGGAAACUCAGUAAUUGUCAGUGCAACUUAUUUAAAGGUUCAAGAAGCAUUUGAUGGAGGAACAAAACUCACAAGUGUGAUCUUUGGUGCUCUGAUAAUGUUCCUCGUUAUUGUCGUCAUCGGUCUGGUCGUCAAAAUCAGGAAACUUCUUGCAGCUCAUGAAGAAGGACAGAGUCUACAACACAGUGAGAAUGUGGGCUCAGAUGCCCUGAACUAUGCAGCGCUGAGUUUCCGCCCAAAAGCAAAAAGCAGCAGAAGGCCUGAAUCAGAAAACCAGAUGGAGCCAAAUGUUGUGUAUGCUGCCACCAGAUAGACUCAGGAAACAUUUGAA